AUGGAGAUUCCAAGUCAUAUUGUUGCUCCAGAUGGGAUAGAACUUAGGAGAUCUGAGGUCGAUACUUCUCAAAUAGGUGCUUGGUGCGUGACACCCAUUGCCAAGGGAACAAUAUUUGGCCCAUUCGUCGGAGAGAUUGUUAACAAAUACAAAAAUAAAAACAUUGAUUACAGAUUCGCUUGGGAGGUAUUUGACCUUGAGAAGAAUGAAUUAUCCCAUAUUAUAAAUGCCACGGACCCUAUGAAGGGAAACUGGAUGCGUUAUGUUAACUGCGCCCGCUUCCUGGAGGAACAGAAUAUUGUGUCGGUUCAGGAUAAUGGCGAAGUCUUCUACAAGGCAAUUCAGGAUGUAGAUCCACAAAAAGAGCUGCUGACUUGGUUCCAACCGUUCAAGAAACGACGAAGGCGCAGGAAGACCGCGACUGUGGAAGGUAAAUUACCAGAUGCUGCUGUUCAAGUUAAAGCUAAAUCUCAACCCAAGGUCAAAACUCCCUCCAAGGUUAAAUCUUGUGCUAUGGAAACGGAACCCUCUAGUAAAAAAUUAUCAUCAAAAGUCGUGAAGGAAGCAUCAGUAUUAACAGAGCCAGCCUCCGAAGCAUCUGCCAUGGCAGCAACAGAACUGGUAUCCAUGAUCCCAACAGCAUCUACAGGGAACUACAUAGAUUCCCCUAUAGAGAUUCUGGACACAAAGAGACAACGGAAGAAGAAAAAAUUGUUUGAUGAGGAAAUACUUCUGACAGACUUAGUUUUCAAGAAGAAAAGACGUCGGCGAAGCAAGGAAGAGAUAGAGAGAGAUGCAAUUGAGGCUGCAUUAAAUGCUCAAAGCAAAGGGAAACGUAAACGUGGAAGAAAAAAGAAAUCUGAUACAAUAGGCAAGGAAGAAAUUCCUGAAGAGUUUCAAGUGAACAAUGAUGAACAUGGAGUUCGGGAAGAUAGUCCGAUGAAAACUUCUCCAGUUCUGGAAAAUCUUGAGGAGGUGGAAGGAAACACAGUUGAAAGCUUGGAAAAAUCUUGGAAGUAUCCUGGUAAACAUCUUGAAUACCAGUUUUCACUUCAUUCACACUUUGGCAUUACACAGAAUGGACGACGUGCCUAUAGGUGUGAUGUCUGUGCUGGGGUCUAUAAGCAUACAUUCAGUCUAAAGCGACACUACCUCCGUAACCAUAUAAACUGUCGCUACCUCAGUCGCGCUGACAUCACAAACUGUAUGAUUCUGAUUGGUCAACAGCAACUGGCAAUUCUCAAAUCAAAUGGGAAAGAUGUACUUCAAAAAAUUGAUGAAACAAUGUCCAAGACUUGUAAUGAGAAUGAACUUAAAUUGAAGAAAGAAUGUGAGACUGAAUCACAAAAUUCCAACCAAGGAGAGACAGCGAUUGAUUCUAAGGAAGAAGAAAUGGAGGUUAGCAACAACAGCAAUACAACAACUGAUUCUGUGCUUCAAUCAGUGACUGACCCUUCAGAACAGAAUUCGCAAAGUUGUCAGGAUGAGCAGUCAGCUGAGCAAAACAUGCAAAUCAAAAUUAAAAAAGAAAAUUCUACAGAGGAAUCUCCAGAUGAGGAAAUGCAAACCACUGUUGCUCAACCUUUACCAGCUAUGGUGGGACUUUACAAAUGUAAUGUAUGUUAUAAACUAUUUGAUGAUGUAAAAGCCCUGAAACUGCACACACAAGACCAUCCAAAGGUUCCGGAUGAAAAAGGUUUUUCUUGUGACAAGUGUCAUAUGCGAUUUACAUAUAAACAAAACCUGGUACGUCACCAGAUGGUUCACAAAGGUGAAGCUGACAGGCCAGUAAAGUCUUUAUCAACUAUGCCAGUGAAGACGAAGCAAAAGCAUGGAGAGAAGAAAGUGCCAGUGGUUGGGAAACCUUUUAAAUGUCCUCGAUGUCCCAUGAAGUUCAAGUACACCACAAACUUGGAGCGCCAUGAAGCCUUGCAUUUUGCGGAUCGCUCCUUCAUUUGUUCCUACUGUGGGAAAGGCUUUCCUUCUGCUACAAACAUGAAAAAACAUGAGCACAUUCAUUUAGGUAGUCGUGUUCCGUGUAAGUACUGCACAGCUGUUUUCGUCCAUGUCGGAAGUCUUCGAAAACAUAUUCGAUUGGAACAUCCUGACAUUCAUCGUCAACGUCUUCUUAAAUUAUUGGAAAAAAGAGGGAAACUUGGAUCGAAGGCUGCACGUACCCUACAGGAAAGUUAUAACAAAGAGCCAACAUCUACUCUUCAAGACAAACAGCCUCCUUCAUCUUCUCAAAUUGCACAACGCAUGAAAAUAAUGAAAGAAGGAAAAGUGCCUGUUAGAGACGAAUCUGAUUCCAAAUUUAAAUUUUCUUGUUUGAUUUGUAAGAAGAGAUUUUCAGCCUAUGUAAAUCUGUGUCGACACAGACGAUUGGCUCACAAAGAUGAUGGCAAGUUGUCCAGAAUUAUUCCAAGUGAAUCCACCAUUACAGAAACAUCAUUUCCAAGUACAGUGAAGCCAAAACGUCAGUUGUCAAGGCUACGGAUACUGAUGGGUAGUCCAAAGAGAGAUGAAGAACCAAUUGUUUUUGAGACAGCAAAUGAUCCAAUCGAUGAUUCCCCUGAAGCUAAUUUAAAUUUUUAUGCAAAUGUUGCUGCCAACAUUGCUGAGAAUCUCACAAGUUACAUUGAUGGAGGAGAGGACUCAAUAGCUCACUUCAGACAACACAUCAGAAUAAAGGAUUAUGACUCGGUUUUUACUACAGUGAAAGAUGAGAAAAGUGAAGAGCAGGAAAAAACAGAUGUUAAAGAUGAGUUUCAAUGGGAAAAAUUCAACUUCCCUCGCAACUAUAACCCAAAAGUUAUAACAGAGGAUUUUAUGGAUGUGACAGAGUUAGUUCCCUUAGAAAAUGACAGGAAAGUCGAACAGGUUACAGAUGAAGCUUCUUACAAAAACAAGGUUCCAGCUCUCUGUACACGGCGAAGAACAUCAAGGGAGGGAUUAUCUUCUGCAGAAAACUCUCGUGAUGGACUUGAAACUGGACAUUUCCAACAAAAAGAACUUCAUCAGAAUGAAACAAAAAUGGAUAUCAAAACUGAAGUAAAUGAUGACAAGAAAAAUGAUGAAAACAGAGAAGACAAACAUCGUAACAUGGAGAAUAAAUUAGAUGUCAAAGGUGAUGACAAAUAUGGUGAAAUGGAAAAUGCAAACAAAAAAUCAGAUGUGAAAGAAGAAGUGACAAAAGCAGUAUUAAAACUUCCUCUCAAAAUGAGCUCAAAUGCAUUAAAAACUGACUUAGCACUAGAGAACCAUGACCAAAAUUUGUGUGAUAAUGUCAAGGAACAUUCUGAACAAAGAAACAUUGAGGACUCUAUACAUUUAAGUCUACAGCACAGAAACAGUGAUAGUUUGGAAUCUAAUUCUGGACCAUCUGAAAGCAUGUCAAAAGGAGACCCAAAUUCUGUAUCAUCUGAAAUCUUGUCAAAAGGAGAACCAACUUCUGAAUCAUCUAAAUGCUUGUCUAAAGGAGAACCAAAUUCUGGAUCAUCUGAAUGCUUGUCUGAUGAAGAACCAAAUUCUGUAUCAUCUGAAAUCUUGUCAAAAGGAGAACCAACUUCUGAAUCAUCUAAAUGCUUGUCUAAAGGAGAACCAAAUUCUGGAUCAUCUGAAUGCUUGUCUGAUGAAGAACCAAAUUCUGGAUCAUCUGAAUGCUUGUCUAAAGGAGAACCAAAUUCUGGAUCAUCUGAAUGCUUGUCUAAAGAAGAACCAAAUUCUGGAUCAUCUGAAAGCUUGUCAAAAGGAGAACCAAAUUUUGGGUCAUCUGAAAGCUUGUCAAAAGGAGAACCAAAUUUUAGGUCACUUGAAAACUCGUCAAAAGGAGAAUCAUCUUCUAAGUCAUCUGAAAUCUCAUCAAAAGAAGAAACAAUGGAGACAAAAGAAAAUGAAGAUAUAAGCAUUUGCCCUGGAGAUGCUGCUAGUUUGCAUGAUACAGACUCGAAAAUUACUGUGUCAGAGUCAACAGAAUUGAUGAAAGCAGGAAGUUCAGAAAAAGCAGAAUUGGUGGAAACAGAAGAUGUUAGUGAACAAAAUGUUGGUGUGGAGAGCAUAUCAGAUAAUGAGGAACCAAAAGAGCAUGAUGUACCAUCUGUUAAUGUGGAGAAAGAGGGAGCCAACAAAAUAGCAACAGAUUCCAAACCAGAAAAGGAAAAUCACCAAGAUUGUUUGCAAAAUGAUGGCAGUUGUGUAACAGUUACAGAUGUGAUAAAUGUUGAGAAAUCUGCGAAUUCAAAUGGAUCAGAAUUGACAGAAAAGGAUAAAAAUGACGGUAGCAUUAACAAGGAUACAAACCCUGGGUUACAAAUAUCAAAUGGAGCAGAUGUGGCAGAGCUUUGGUGCCAUGAGACACUCAGCAAUACUGAAAACAUAACCCCUGACAGUAACAUUGACAUGAACAGUAAUAAUAACAACACUGAUGAUUUAAAUUUAUGUCAGAAUGAUGACAGUAACAACAGCGGCUACAGCAGUCCAGGUGUCUAUAAUCCUCCACUCUCGCCCGAUUCCGAGUCUGACCUUGAUCUUGAUCAUUACGGAGGUGCUGUUUCAGCCAGACAACUUAUUCAAGGUCUAAACCUGGCUAAGGCAAGGCAGAACUGGCAAGAAAACAACAACAUUGGAUCAAAGGAUGACAGGAUAAUCUCUGCAGAACGUAUCUAUCGCAGUCUGCUCAAACUCAGAGAGGACCCAGAUCAGUCACCUCAGCGCAGUCCAUUACACAACUUUGAUUCUAUAGCAUUUGGGAACUUUGGGAAGCGAGCGUAUGUUUGUUCAGUGUGUAUGCGACAUUUUGCUGAUAAUGAGGCUGUAUUGAGGCAUCAGUGGAAAAAACACCCCUUGGUGGCCUGUCAUACACUAGAGAUUGAGGAUGGCCAUGAUAUAGAGUACCUGUAUUACACACAGCCAACCAAUGUCGGAAUCUUGGGCGCGUGUGGAAAGGCACUAGAGAAGGUGAUGGAUCGUAAUACUUACACCUGUACGAGAUGUAAUGGCAGUUUCAAAAAUAUUGAUCGGCUACAUAUUCACAUCAUGAACUGUGCCCCAAAACCAGCCGUAUCAUCAGAAACACAAGAGAAGUUGCCACGGAAACGAAGGAGAAAAUUUCCUAAGAAAUUGAUUGGGAUGGAACUUGAGACACAAGAUGCAGAACAGCAAGAACGAGAAAAACUGGAAGAACUCAGCAGAAACUACAUUGCAAAAUUAAAAGCGCAGAAAAAAAUAUUCCUGGGUUGUAGGAAACGAAAGCUAAUUGAUGUUCCAAUCAAUGAAAAUUCCAAUGAUACGAAGAUGAAGCGUCGUCGUAGUUACGAAAUUGGUUACAAUCCUGGAAAUCAUGUACGUCGGCGUGAGAUGACAGAACUGCUCGAUACACAUCAGUGUAAAGGAUGUGGGGUGAAAUUCAAGUCCAUUUCACUCUUAGAGCGACAUGUACGCAAAUGUGAUGGCAAAGAAAAGUUCAAAGACUUGAAGGUCAUGAAGUCUACUGUCAAUGAAAGUUUUCACAAGAAGCACAAACAGACCUGUCUUUAUUGUCAGAGAGGCUUUGCCUACCCCAAAACAUUAAUGAACCACUAUCGAGCUUUUUGUGUUGUGAAAAAGGAGAAACUUAUCAAAGGAACAUUGAGUGAAGCAGAACGUAAAACAGAAGCAGAGAUGAUAGUGAGGCUCAAACAACAGGAUGAGGAUCGGAAUGAGGCUGUAUCUGUUCAUCAUAUGGAAGAAAUUGAAGGUCACAGAAAGGGUUGGCCAAAGGGUCUCAAGAGAAAAUCAAGACGUAAAAAUCACUGCUGGACAUAUAUCAAGAAACGCAAGUCAUCAAAUGAUGCUUUUGAAAAUGAUGAUGAUUAUAUGUCAGAGACCCCUUCUCGGAUCUCUUCAGAUUCACCAUCAAAAUCUAACGAUUCAUUUUCCUCAAAAUCUGAAUCUGUAUCAUCACAACAAAUGGAUCCUAUGAAACGUUUGGAUUUUUCUAACAAAGCAAACGAGACAAGCUUAUUAAGUGAAGAAUAUACAAAUACCUCUGCCUCAACAGACAGUAACGAAAAGCAGCAGAAUCCUGUUGUAAUAAAGAUUGAAACAUUUGAAAACUUGGAUGCUGCAGUGUCUGAGGACUGUGAUGAAGAAACAAGAAAAGAAGGAGAAAGUCAUAAUAAUGGAAUGUGUAGUAGUCAAACUUUCAAAAAUGUUGAGAAACAGUCUAUUGACAAUUCUUCAGUGAAAGGAGGUAGUGGGACUAGUAUUUCUCAUAUAGAUGGAAGUAAAGUUGGACAAGAAAAUUUGGAAUGUAAACUAGUCAAGUACAAUGUUGAUACAGUAUCUCCUGGUUCAGAUCAACACAUGCUGAAGCUGAAACCAGUUGUUGAAGGAAUUUUGUCUCAAAAUGAUGAAAAGUCAGCUUCCACAGUAUCACAAGGACGUGAUUCUUCUCUAAACAAACCUGGUAGCAAGUCUCCAAAGAAAGUGAAAAAGAACAAAUUGUCUCCCCUUAGCAUGACAACCCUUCAAUCAAGUGUGUCUAGUCAUACAGCAUCAACUGUUUCAUCGCAGCAAAAGGAGGGCUCAGAUUUAUCCUCGGUAAACAUGGUCUACAGUCAAAAGACAGCUUUGCACACAACAGGUGAUAGUGGAAAACCUCAGAAUAACGCAGCUGUGAAAUCUCCAGCAAAAAAGCCAGGAAAAAAACCAGCUGCCACAACACAAACUACAAAACAAGAUUUGAACAAGCAAAAUGUGAAAGAUAUGUCAUUUAAUGAAGAAAAAGGCAAAAAGGGUCUCAACAAGGCUAAAGGAAUCACAUCUGGUGACAAAAUGCAAUCUACAACAAAACGUGCUCCCGUAGUUCUCAAUUGUCCGGAUCUAUCAAAGAUGAUUGGGAAAGGAGAUCUGCCAAAAAAGACCAGCAUGAGAAAACCAAAGAAAUCUGUAUCGUCUGUGGAGAUCAGGACAAUAUCACAACAAAAUCAAAGUGAUAGUUCUUCAACUCUCAAUUCAGAGAUACAGCAGAUAUCUGCAGUUACAGGUACACAGAAGUUGGGCAAAGUUGAAUUUGCACAAAAAAUUAACAGUGGUUCUCUACAUAUCGCAUGUAAAACAGAAAUACAUAAUGAAUCAAAGGAUUUGUCCGCAGUUUCUAGAUUAAAACCUUCGUUAGAGGAAAAUCCAGGUAUGUCAAAGAGGAAAUCUUCGGAGUUAAGCAGUACAUUCGAACAAAAAACAACUGAUAGUCAACCUAGAAUGAAAAAUGACUUGGUCAACAAUGAACUGUCACAAAAAUCCUGCAGUCCCAAGUCAUUGGAAAGAUAUGAUAUGGUUCAACCAAAAGUAUUAAGUAAGAUGGAGAAAACAAGGAAGCUGAGUGAAGAUGCCUUAACCAAACGGGAUGAGGAUGUGAACACAUGUGAUUCAAAAACCCCGAAAGUGAUUGUUCAUUUAGGAUCCGAAAAAUUCUGUGUGUCAUUACCCAAUCCUGCCAUAUCAUCAGUUUUAAAUAGUACAUCUAAAAUUACUAAAAUUAUAAACAAGACUGAAACAGAAUCUGUUGCUAAUCAGGACUCAAAGGAGACAACUAAUUUAUCUGAAGAGGAGAAAAAGGGAAACAAUUCAAAAACACAGGGCAGCGCUGCAACAGCUCAAGGACAUCCACUGAAAACGGUACCAAAAAUGUCAAAGGUUCUGAUGGAUUGUGGGAAAAUUUCCAAUGUAAGGUGGCCGGUAAAAAAACCACCAUUGGAUGAAGGAGGUUUGGUCAAAGUUCACUGCCAAGAAGCAGCUACUGGUACACAAACUGGAAAUGUCUUAUCUUCUUGUGAUGGUGGAAAGGACCUCCCCUUUGGUACAAAAAUAUUUGUUGAUAAAACUCCAAAGAACAUUUGUGUAGACACAACAGAAAAAUCACCUAAAAAACAACAAAGACCAACAGUAAAACCAAAACCCAAGCUUAAACAACAAAAAUCAAAACAACAAUCGGAAAACAUUUCUAAUGAAUCCAUGGAAACGAUAAAGAAAGGCCCUACAAGAACUUUGCGAGUCAAAUACGACGGUGACUUCAUUAAUGUUGAAAUUCCUGAUUUUAAUACAUCUGUAGGAGAACAUAGUGAUCAAACACAUGGAGAGACGCCCCGAAACAGCCUAGUGUCUGUGAGCAAAGUGCAAGGAUUUACAACCCAAAAAACAUCAAUUUCCAAUUCAGUUAUUAAUGUACCACAAAUACAGUCUGAUGCAAUAGUAAAAUCCCCACGAAAACGUCGUAAAACAUCACCAAAAAUAAAUCUAUCGCCAGAAAUAAAAGCCACCAAGUGUGUUCAAGACAGUGCUAGACUCUCUAUGUCACCUGACAAGAUAUCACAUGACCCUGUGUCAACUGACAAAGUAACGAAGGUUACAAGGUCUACAGAUGAAAUGCCAAAGAUAAUGAUGACCCAUGACCAGAUGUCAAAAGACAAAGUGGAAACUGAAGCAACAUCAAGGGUCAAAGUUCAAGGUAACAAAUUAAACAGUAUUGUGGAGGACUUUGACUCUCUAGCUCCUAUGAACAACUUGCUACAGCUUGCAUGCAUUGCUACAGAUGUUCUGAAGGGAGUUGUGGCUUCAUCUGAUGAAGAAGAAAGAACAUCUGUGUCGAAAACAAGUCCAUUUCACAGUGAAUCUGUUCAAGAGACCUUAACUCCCAACUCAAUUUCUCCCUCCCAUCUUCCCUCUAAGACAGUUUCGGCUAAUGCAACUCCCAAGCUGAUGGAUCCAUCUUGUGUGAACAGGAAAAUGUCCAAUAUUGUGAAUAAGGUAUCGAAUGCUUCUUUGAGUGUUAAGCCAAUUAAUUCAAAAGAAGCACCUGUAAAGUUAGACAGCCAUGGUUCCAAGGCUGAUUUAACGAUUAUUCCCAUCUCUGCAAAACCACUGAAGCCAAGUCCCAGGAAGAAACGUGUAACAAGGUCCCCAAUGAAAUUGGCAACAAGGGAGGAACUUCUUAAUAAAUGUGGCUUAUCUCCUCAUACUGUCAUGUUCACAAACACAAUGCUUGUCAAGGGAGAUAAUUCAGAAAUAGCGACUAAGGGUGAUAAGAUGAAAUCUUCUACCUAACUUGGGCGAGGGGGAGAGCUGAGAUUGAAUGAUGAGAAUGAUAUUAUUUUGAUAAUAUAGAGAAUUCCUCAAAUGUUCAUUUACUUGCAUAUCAGAAUUAUGAAUUGUGUUCCGUUUCAUUUUUUAUUGUUUAAAUCUUGGUCUGUUAUGAUUGUAUUGACUGUUCUGUAGAUGCCUGGUCAGUAUUAUCAACCUUCGAUGAACUAUAUUACUGUAUUCAGCUGUAGGUCCAUGUCCUGUAAUUAGUCCUCUCACAUUGCUGUCUUGAGAAAUUCCAGCAAAUUUUAUUUCAUUAUUUAUAAUACACCCACCCUCUUCUUCUUGUCAGGGUAAUCUGGUAUCCAUAAGUGGCCUGGGCUUCAGCAAUGUCAGUACAUAGGAUAUGUUCAAUGGUAAAGGGUUUUUUCACUCUCCACAGUAUAAUGUGGUAUAAAACAACAUGCAGUCUUUAAUUUUAGCGGGGAAAAAAAGACCAGCUGCUCAAAAAUAUCAAAUAAUUUGUAUUAUUAAAAUAAAUAUGAUUGAAACUAAUUUGGAAAAGAUUAAAAUAAAUAUUUAAAAAAUGAGCCAGGUAUGCAUUUGUAUAUCUGACCAGUUGGAUCUACGAUGGUUAUUCUAGUAAAUGGCCAAGUUGAUUAACAUGAACAUCAAUCCAGAAUGAUUCUUGUGUUAAUUGUGUUUCCUUCAGUACAGGUUUCAUCAUUCUUACCUUGUUCAAACAAAGGUGAGCUCCACGAUCCCUGUGAUUUGAUAAAUUCCAAUUUCUUUUACUAAAUUAAUUAAUUUUCAAACAGUUUUAUAUCCAUGUUACUCCGAAUUUCUUUUAUGUAUGUAGCUUUAGGUUUUGACAGAAAAUUCAAAAUAAAAAAAAUUGAUGGCAGGUUGAUGAAGUGUAGUAAUGAUAAAUAUGUUGGAUUUGGAUGUCUUCAAAAUAUGGUAGUUAUAAAAUGCAUACACAAAGUGUUAAAACACAGAAAUCUCUUUAUCUAUUCAACGGAUUUAACAGUUGAAUUUUAACACAGACAACCUUCGUCUCUCUAUAUAACACAAAUCUUCUCAUUUGUGUCACCGUAUUUAUUCAAUUACAAACCCAUGCCUGGCAAGAAGUCCAUUCAUACAUAUAGCUGUUAAGUGAAAUUAUAAACCCAUUCUUCAUGUUAUUGUUAUAAAACAAGCCCAUGUAUCCCGUCUCUGACCUAUUGAAGGUUUAAUAUGGUAUAUACCAUAGCAUUCUCCAACCCUGUGUGUUCCAUUAGAUACAAAUGUAUCCUUGUGUUACCAUGGUUAUCUGAUGUUAUGUAGCAAAGAAAUCUGUUCUCUCUCUGUAUAUGCUGCUUGUGAGUUGUUAUGAAGGUGCAUUUUGAUUACUGUUCAUUUUUGUGAUUGAUGAAGAGAUACAACUGUGAAAGAAAAAUAUAAUGUUGAAAUAAAAGUGAAGGAUUGCCAC